GUAUGUGGUACGCGGCAGGAUCUCACCACCAUUACCGGGCCCACGCCAUACCGUGUCAUUCGUGUGCGUAGAAUGGCCGAUCCUCAUGCGGGGAACCGGUAAUGUUCCCCCAUUCGUUAACCGCACUGUACAAUGCAGGCCCACGAUGGGCCAAAGCGAUCCUACCGCCACGACCGUCAGCAGCAACAGCAGCAGCAGCAACACACACCGGAACCGGAGGUGAGCAGCCGUGUCACGUCCUGUUCGGGGUUCGUGCUGCAAACGAAACUCGUCCCAAUCCGUGCCACGAUCUGGCUUUGGGUGCUCUGUGCCUGCAGCUUUGUCAUCGUUCCUGCCCGGGCAGGGCCACGCUACAGUUCGCGUAUUGUCGAUACAAAGUCGGGCGCCAUCCGGGGUGUUAUCCUCGAGCUCAACUCGAAGCACCUCGAGCCAGUGGAGGUUUUUAAAGCAGUGCCGUACGCUACACCACCGAUAGGAAGUUUGCGUUUUGAACCACCAAAGAAACUUCCACCGUGGAAAGGAACCAAGCUGGCAGAUACAUUUGGAUCCGUGUGCCCACAGAGUUUCCCGGACAUCAGCAAUCGGACGGCGGCACUGCUCUCGAUGCCGAAGGGGCGUUACCAACAUCUGAAGCGACUGCAGCCAUUACUAACUAACCAGAGCGAGGACUGUCUGACGCUCAACAUUUACGUCCCCGGAAGCGGAAGCCGCGGAUUAGAGGCACCCUAUUCGAUUUUCUUCUACAUCCACGGUGAAUCGUACGACUGGGGCUCGGGCAAUCCGUACGACGGUUCGGUCCUCGCCAGCUACGGUCACGUCAUAGUUGUUACAGUCAAUUUUCGUUUAGGAAUACUCGGUUUUCUAAAAACUCGUGCCUCACUGUCACCCGGUUCCGGCGGUAAUCUAGGAUUAAUGGACAUCAUUCUCGCUCUGCACUGGGUUCGAGAUAACAUAGCGUCGUUCGGCGGUGACCCGAAGCGCAUCACCAUCGUCGGUCACGAUACGGGAGCGGCACUCGCGAAUCUCAUCCUUAUCUCCAAGUCCGGAAAGGGUUUGGUGCAGCGGACGAUACUGCUGAGUGGGUCGGCACUCAGCCCGUGGGCACUCAUCCCGGACCCGGAUGCGAUACGGCUAGAGGUGUCUCAACAGAUGGCGUGCCAUCUUGUCCCCGGUCGGAAUGGUCGCAAACCUUCGACGGAUGACAUUACCGAAUGUCUGCGGGAUAAGCCGAUCGAGGCGCUCAUGGGCGUACGGUUGACCAGCGUUCGGUUCAUGCCUUCCUGGGGACCUUUCCUGCCACUGGAGGACUCGAUGGAUCCGGAGUUUGCGAUGGAACAUUCGGGCGAAGGAUUCAUCACGAGCGAACUAAUGCUAGGGAUGAGCACCACCGAAAGCUACAAUGACUUCAGCGCGUCAGACAUACAGUACGGUCUUGAGGAGGAUCAGCGAAACAGGUUACUGCGGACGUACAUUCGCAAUGCGUUCACGUUUCAUCUGAACGAGAUAUUCUCCGCCGUUCGGAACGAAUACACCGACUGGGAUAAACCAAUCCAGCAUCCAAUCAAUAUCAGAGACUCAACGAUGGAAGCCUUGAGCGAUGGCCAUACGGUGGCGCCUAUAAUUAAGGUGGCUUAUCUGCAUGCGCGGCGAGGUGCAAAGACUUAUAUGUUUCAUUUUGGGUACCAGAGCAAGGAGAGUGAAUAUCCGCAGCGACUGGGAAGUGUUCGGGGCGAAGACUUGCCGUACAUCUUCGGACUUCCGUUGGUGCAGGGUGGUUCGGUCUUUCCACAGAACUUCUCGCGCCAGGAUACGGGCGUCAACGAGGCAGUGCUGAACUUUGUGACCAACUUUUGCAAAACGGGUGACCCGAACGAAGCCGGCCAGCAGCAAGCGCAACCGCUCCCGCCCGACUACGGCACGGCGAAAGAGCGCACCCGGUUCCGGCUUAUCACGUGGGAAACGUACGAAACCACCACGCAGCAGUAUCUUAGCAUCUCAACGAAGCCAAAAAUGCGCAGCCACUAUCGGGGACACAAGAUGGCACUUUGGUUGAACCUAAUUCCGCAACUUCACCGACCAGGCGACCCGGAUGUUUCCAUGCGACACCAUCACUUCCGCGAGCGGGAACCACACUACUAUGCCGGAUCGGUACGUGCAGAAUCGUUCAGCCGUCCGCGAUCGCUCUACCAGAACGGCGUCAUCAACGAUGCCCAGGAAUCGCGCCAGGAAUCAUUCGGCACCGAGUGUACACCCGAUCCAACAAUGGGCGAGGUCCUGCAGGAAAGUGGCAGCGGUCCGGGCGACACUAUCGCGAACGUGCUCAGCGAGGAGGAGGAAGCGGAACUGCUGGAAAAGCUCGCCAACCGGCACUACUACAGCUACACGGCCGCGCUUGGUGUGACGGUUGGCGUCGGAUGUCUGUUGCUGCUGCUCAACAUGUUGAUCUUUGCCGGUAUCUACUACCAGCGCGACCGCACGAAACGGAAAUCGCAAGCCUCGCAAUCGAGCGGCACGGGCGGUGGGAGUGGCGUUACGAGCGGAACAUCUGCUUCCCUGUCGGGAAGCAACGGAACACCGGACGAAUCGGAAAUUCCUCUCACCAGCAUAACGAGCCCAUCGCCGGUCGAAGCGAAGCGUUCGAUAGAGCCACCGCCCAGCUACGCGACACUACCGAAGCGAACCGGGAGCAACAAUGGCGCGGGCACAGCCGUUGGAAACGUUCAUCAUCAGCACCAUCAUCAUCAUUUGCAUCAGCAUCUGCAGGCUGCCACGAGCGGGACGAAAGAGACAAAGCUUGGUUCGCCUCCAACCAUCUCCAACCAUCUCCGGACCGGGUCCAGCACGCUCGGGCGCUCUGGCACGGGGAGUUUCUACGACUCGUCCACAAACAGUCGGCAGCAGCAUCAGUACUCGGCACAACAACAGUUAAUCUCACCGCACAUCAGUACCGUCGCCCACACGGCAGUGACAAUAACGCCGACCGCUACCGUCAGCCAUCAUCAGACGCUGCCACGUGCCAGCAAAGCGCCCCUUCCACCGAUCCGCUCCACAACGAGCAGUAGCAGCGCCUCCACCUCCUCGGGCACCGUUUCCUCUUCCAUCGCCCCAUUGACCUCCAUCCUUGUAAAUAGUCUACACCAACAUCAUCCGCAUCACUAUCAGCAACGGGAGUGUGAGAUGGCAACACUGCCACCGCAACCCAACAGCAACGUCAUAACGGUGGACCUGGUGAGCUCGACCACGACGGCACCCGGAAGCGACCCAUCGUCUAUGGGUGGCCAGCAGCAUCAGCAUCACCACCACCAUCAUCAUCACGCGCACCAUCACGCGAACGGCAGUGGGCCGGUGGCCACAGCUAACACAGGGAACACGGCUGGCCCACCCGCUGGCAGUACGGCCACGCUCAAGAAACGCGUCCAGAUCCAGGAGGUAACCGUAUAGCAUCGGUACAGCACAGCUGACGACGACCAGGAAGCUGUGUGAGGAC